AUGCACGAGUCUUGGGGUGCCAAGCCGUACAAACCAGAACGGGAGCGGUGGACUAGAGCCUCGAGUCGUUCGUGGAGGAUGUCAGCAAGGACUAUAGUUGCCAAUGGAAACCCCGGAAUUGCGUGGUUAAGCUGCACUGCCAUCAACCGGGAAAAAAUUAAAUCACCACGAAACAAACUUGCCGAGACGUUACAUAAUCAUGAGUUUUCGAAGGAGUUGGGCACCAAAUUCUUUGACGUUCAUAAUUCGGUAUUACUGCUCGGUGAAUUCCUUUUUGGGACUCAAUUACAACGGUCCUCGUACGUACUACUGCAAGCCAGCAACAUCAUGGAGGGUGAGAAGCCUGUCAAGAAAAGGCGGCGAACUCCGUACUCGUGUUUGAGUUGUCGUCGAAGGAAGGUCAAGUGCAAUAGAGUCCGGCCGAUCUGUAAUCGGUGCACAAUUGCCAACUUGAAAUGCGAGUACGACGGCCCUCAGGCCUGGGCACCUUCAGGGGUUGCUGAAGCUUCCGCGGCGCCAUCUAAUGGCGUUCCAGUCAGCGUUUUGAACUUUAAAACCAAUAGUCUGGAGAAUGCUGUCAUCAAACACUUGCCUCGAUCCCCACGAACCACUGUUUCGGAGCAGGCCUCGCUGAUCUCCGAGAUAGGCGAUCUGCGAAUGAAGCUGGCGUCCAUGGAGGCCCAACUGUUUACCGUCAUGCCUGAGUCGCGCGAUACGGUCAGUUUUAUUCAGGCCGAGCCAAACCCUAAUACAGCCCUGCACAUGGCUAAGAAAAAUCGGUUCAUCUGCGGAGGCUCUUUUCAGCGAAAUAAAAUCUGGCGGGGUGACCCGUUUGCCUGCCAGCUGUUUGACGAUAUGCGUCGCUACCAGGAGAACAUCAAAGCCGAGCUGCUGGCUAUGUCGAAAACUGAGAAUCCGAACGAUUUGCAACGGCAGGUCAGGAUGCGCAAGAAAGGCCAGAAACGGUUUAUUUUGGAAGAGGGCGAGAAAUUGUCGCUAAAGUCGCAGAUGGAGGCUGCGUUGCCGGCCAAGGAGACCGUAAUGCGCCAUAUACAUUACUACUUGCGUGCGAUCCAUCCGGUUUUUCCUGUGCUCUUGGAAGACGAGUUUGUGGCCACCGUCAAUCGCAUGAUACAAGAGGAAAAGGGUCGCUGUGUGCUGCAAUUCGGCCAAAAAUCCGACUACCUUGUCACGGCAGCGUUGCUGCUGGUGAUGCGCUUUUCCUACCAGUCGCUAUUCUUGAAACACCAGGUGGGGGCGCCGCUGAACGGGGAUGAGCUGGUUCUCAUCCAGCAGCCAGUAAAUGCAGACGUCAUCAACAUGGUCAACUAUGCGCUGUUUGAGUCGAAUUUCUUGCGCAAAACAAGCAUUCAGUCGUUGCAGGCGCUCAUGUUACUUCGAUUUUACCAGAUUACAUGCCAGGAGGACGGGGACGGAGGUGAUGGCACGGACGGCUACAACAUUAAUGGUCUUAUUUGUCAGAUUGCUCUGGGGAUGGGCAUCAAUAGACCGCUCAGAUUCCCAAUUGGGGACAAAAAGGCUUCCAAAUUGUACCAUCCACAGAACGAACGGUUGCAACUUCUUUGGCAAAGACUCUGGUGGACUCUGCUAGAAAUGGACAUGGAACACUCGAUAUCGUACGGCAAGACGCCAAUCCUGCUUCUGGAAAACAGCGAUCAUGGACCAGCCAUGGUGGGUGACUCGGAAAUCAUCAACGACCGCAUGAACAAAAUGAAGAUCAUAUUCCCAUUUUUGCAAAAGUUCCUUGUGCAGGUCCAUCAGGUACGCGAAAAGCCACGCGUGGUUGACCUAAUGUCGGCAGUCAGCCUCUUAGACUCGCAACGAGGUCUCUUUCAAUAUAGCAGCUACUUCCAGGACCCUUACGCGUCACUUCUAUCCACUAUUUCGAACGUGAAGAGCGAGAUUCACAUCAACACGCUAAUUUUCAUGAUCAAUUGCUAUUUGAUGCUUCAUUUUGAGCGCAACAGAAUAAUUACCGAUUAUUCUAUCAUUUUACAGGCUACUGUUACAAUCUUUUUGCGUAACCUGGAUCUCACGCUCAGGUCUUUUAACCGAUUGAAAACCGAUUUUUCCGCCCACAUAAUGUACAUCAUUCAUCCCAUGGCUACAUGCGUCUACAAAAGUAUACAGUUUUUGGUCUACCUUGGAGUUCGGCUACUCUUAAUGCAAACGAAAAAUGACGAAAAGCAACCGCUAGUAACCGAGCUGCUGCAGAAUGUGGUGGCAGUUAUGCGCAAUUGCGUGAAGCUGCUGGCCAUUAUGGGGGACCAGGACUACUUGUGCUACCGGCUGUACGAGACGUACAGCUAUUUAAUGCGAAUCUUGGAGAAUAAAGGAGAGCCUGUGUUUAAUCUCAGAAACCCUGCUCUGGAAACUGCUCCGAACCUGCUUGCGUUUAUAACCAUGCAGCAGCUUAAAGACAUCAACCGCCAACUCUCUGAAUUUACCAAAUCGCCGCAAUUUGUGGCCGUCACAGAAUAUGCGCUGUUCUGGCCGGCAAACGAGACGGAGGACUCUCUCUUCCAAAAAUUCCAAAGGUCGAUCGACGCGACCAUGCCAUCUUCCGAGCUCAAUAUCUGGAAUGACUGGAUCAUGAAAACAAAUAUCUUUGAGGACUACGAGGGGCUUUUCGACAACCUGCAAUUGCCUGUUGACCUUACUUACAUAUAA